AUGACCUUGAAGUGCGCACACCUCCGUAAAAAUGGGAGAAUUGACCCUAAUUUGUGUUAUGAUAAGGAGACGGGGUCUGUUAAACCUGUGAUUCUUUUCUUUAGUUGCAUUGACUGCCUUUAUUCGCUUUGUUUCAUCCCUAUGGAUAUUGGUCAUGCAGCUAGUAGAACUUUAAAUCAAAUGCCUCCUAUAACUUUGAGAAAUAAUAUCGUGGAUACUCGUGCUCACUUACUGGAUGUAUUCUUUCGACGAGUGGCUCUUGGUUAUAUUCGUGUGUUUUCUGUGACUGCUCGGCGUGUGAUUGAGUUUGGAUUUCUUUUACAGGCUGUUUUCGUUUUGUUAGUUUUCAUACAUCUGCAUGUUACAUUCGUAAAGUCGCCUGUAACCUGUUUGAAUAACUUGCGAAGUGAAUUUGAUAGCAUACAAAAAUCUUUAAAACCAUUAGUUAACACUGAGAAUACGAAUAUAAGCUACUCAUCACAAAACAAUAUAUCAAAGUCUUUCUGGUCUUUGUCUCACUAUAGUGUUUUACGUAUUGAAGUUAUUCGAUCUCCAGAUCCAUUUUAUUCUCUAGCAGACUCAUAUGCAAAGGAAUUUCAUAGCACUGAAACUGGAUAUCGUUUCGAGUUAGAAAAUGAUUAUUCUCCAGAGUCUGAUGAGUCAAAAAACCUUGAGGUUCAUGCACCAAAACGUCCACAUCAUUCCUUCACAUUUUUUGCGGGAAAUAUCAUUCCUGAAACGCAAAGUAUUUGGAAUUUUCUAUUAUCAUUUCCAUUCGUUACGUAUGGACGCAUCAAAGAUACUGUCAGCUACAUUUUUAACUCCAUGUAUCAAAGAUAUAGAAAGGAGCAAUUCACUUCUUUCGAUGAAGGUGUCAAUCACAUACCUUUGUACAACUCUAGUUUUUUAAAUCUUGGAAAAGUUUUGUCCACUUUUGCUCAUUUGGUCAUCGAGUUUCUCACCAUUGGGAUUCAAUUUCUGCGCGAUAUUUCUACUCGUAUUUUGAUAUCCUCUGAUUCAGUAACACGUACGGAUGACAGCUACAUAAUGGAAUAUGCUUUGGAGUAUGGCUUUCUUCGUCUCUCUCCACAGGCACGUAAACGGCUUAAUGUAUCUGUGAAAUUGGUUGUGCUUGAUCCAGAAACAAAUCCUUGUUUUGGCAAUAUUCUCAGUCGUUUUCUCAUGGAAGAGUUCCUGGGAUAUGACGAUAUUUGA